UUUAGAUUUACUUCCUGAUCCCACAGCCUCACCGGUCAUUGCCAGAUUCAGCUGGUCAGGCGGGAAUGCAGCAAGCAGGACUCACCCUCAUGGCUGUGGCUGUGUGUGUGGCCUUUCGAACCUCGGAAGCCAUACUUCCCAUAGCUUCCAGCUGUUGCACUGAAGUUUCUCAUCAUAUUCCCAGAAGACUUCUGGAAAGAGUGAAUUCGUGCAGCAUCCAGAGAGCUGAUGGGGACUGUGACCUGGCUGCUGUCAUCCUUCAUGUUAAACGUAGAAGAAUCUGCGUCAGCCCGCACAAUCCGACUGUGAAGCGGUGGGUGAGCGCCUCGGAGAUGAAGAAUGGCAAGGAAAAUCUCUGCCCCAGAAAGAAACAAGACAGUGGGAAGGAUAGAAAAGGGCACACCCCAAGAAAGCCCGGCAAACACGGAACACGCAGAAUACAUGGAACACACGGCCACGAAGCCCCUCGUUAGAACAGACGCAUGGACCUACAGUGAACUCAAGUGAACUGGUCCGUAAUUGGUUAUAAAUUUCUCAGCUGAAUCUUCCCAUUGACACCUAAAGGUGUUUUGCUUUGUUUUGUUAAUGAGUAACCGCAGCUAAGUCUGUAAGCACUGGAUAUGCUCAAUCCCAGCACCAAAAGCAAAACAAACAACACUGAAGCUAUCCUCAGAUUUUGUCUAGAAGGAGAGCAUUCUUCUGUUCAACUCUGGCACACCUUUGAAAG